AUUUUUAUUCUGCCAGCCUUUAUUAACUUAUAACGCUAAUUUAAAAAAAUUAAAAAAUACACUCGUUUAUUCAUGCGGGCUUGCUUUCGUGCACUAGAAGUCAUGUCAAAUAUCACAAGUUAUCCGUGCGUUUCACAUUUCAAUGUUCCGGGUUGUGUCAUUUGGAAUGUGUCUGGAACUUCCGCGCCAAUAUUUUUUUUAUUUUAAAUUUACCUGCGCGGGACGGUCCGAAUUUCCUUGAGGUCAUCUCCCGCUUCAUUCUUACUGGUUGCUUGUCGCAAAUAGGCGUGUUCGUUGAAACAGUUUCGCUUGCUCAUUCGAUAGUUUAGUGCAUGUCAUUUACUGCCAAGCAUUAACUGUGAUAUUUUUGGUUCGAUUCGAUUUUUAAGAUUCGUGUAGGUAGUCGAACAAGAGGAACGGUAUUAUUUGGUGGAAAAUGUCGAGCACUUUACCCGAAUCACAGAAUCUGAGCCAUAAAACACAAGCCACCACCUCUAAUCACAAGGGUAAUGUCUUUGCAGAGCCACAAGUACUGACAACAACACCAAGGAAAGUAUCUACCCAAGGCACUGUGCUAACAGAGAUUCAAACCAACAUGGGACCCCUUACGACCCCAACUAAAGGAAAGGAAACUGGACCUAGUGAGCCUUGGACUCCAACCUCCAAUUUGAAAAUGCUGAUCAGCGCUGCCAGCCCUGAGAUCAGGAACAGAGAGAAAGAGCUGUGUAUGGACCCUGAGGGAGGGGAUGCCAUGGACCCUGAGCUUGGAGAGGAAGGGGAGAAACAGAUCAGCAGAAAAGAGAAGAGUCUGGGUUUGCUCUGUCACAAGUUCCUUGCCCGCUACCCCGAUUACCCCAACCCUGCACUCAACAACGACAUCAGUCUGGAUGAUGUUGCCGCAGAGCUUAACGUGGAGCGCAGGCGCAUCUAUGACAUCAUGAAUGUGCUGGAGAGCCUGCACAUUGUCAGCCGGCUAGCAAAGAAUCGCUACACAUGGCACGGACGCGCUAACCUGCCACAGACCCUGGCCAAGUUGCGGCAGGUGGGCGAGGAGCACCGCUACGGGCAACAGAUGCAGCAGAUCCGCCAGCGCAGCCUGGAAAGGGAGUUUGACUCGGACGGCGACGAGAAGGAGAAUGAGGAGGUGGGGGAAGUGCAGGGAGGAGGAGGGGGCCCGAAGGAGAUGUUCUUUGUGGAGCUUCCUGGGGUGGAGUUUAAAGCAGCCUCGGUGAACAGCAGGAAGGACAAGUCUCUGAGGGUGAUGAGCCAGAAGUUUGUCAUGUUGUUCCUGGUGUCCACGCCUCGGGUGGUCAGUUUGGAGGUGGCUGCCAGGAUCCUCAUUGGAGAGGACCAGGUGGCUGAUCAGGACAAGAGCAAGUUCAAGACUAAGGUCCGCAGGCUGUAUGAUAUAGCCAACGUGCUGCGGAGCCUGAAGCUGAUAGAGAAGGUCCACGUGACCGAGGAAAGGGGGAGGAAGCCAGCCUUUGAAUGGACCGGCCCUGAGGACUUCCCCAGUGUGAAGGAGACCGCUGACACUACAGCCACUGCCAAGAGGACACUUGAGUCUCGUACCUCCAUAGACAACUGUGCCAAAAAUCUAUUUUCCUCUCCGGGGAGCAAACACAGCUUCACCCGCCACCCCUCCCUCAUCAAACUGGCCAAGAGCAUCCAGGAAGACCGACGCAAGAUCAACUCGGCCCCCACCAGCCCUGUCAAGAAUGAUUCCUCGAGCAGCGAGUUCUUUCCCACCAAAAUGGCCCAACUAGCGGCAAUCUGUAAGAUCCAGCUUGACCAGCAAUCAAACAAAGUUGUUGACAGGACACCUAAGCCUGCAGUUACUGUGACUGAGGCAGUGCCAGAUCAUGAACAGAAAGCUGCUAAAAAGCCAGGAGCUCCCCAGCCACCAGUAUUAAUACCCACAGAACCCCGUGCCAGCACUGUCCACCUCACCCCACAGGCACAGUUCACCCCCCAACCUACUGGGGCAAUGUCCUUCCACCCUGCCCAGUGUUCACCCCUCAUCCCUGUGCUGCUGCCCCAACUCCAGGGAGGUGGACCCUACGCCAUCUAUAUGCACCACUCCUUCAGGCCACACCCCCUAAUCAGGCCUCAGCCAACCAGCCUCGCUGUGCGCUCCAUGACCUUCGAGGAUAAGACGGGGCGGAGCCCGAGUGAUGCCACAGUGCACGGCCACUCGCCUGCUACGAACAACCUGUCAACCAGCAGCCCCUCGGCACUAAAACGUGUGUGUUCAAAGAGACCCUCUGAGGAAAGCCCCUCCAAGGCCAAGAAGAUUGACCCCAGCACCAGGGACACGUCUCCUAAGCUGUGUGAGAUCCUCCAGGCUCGUCUGAAGGCGCGUCGCGGGGGACUCCACUCCAACCGUCCCUCGCCCAGGGCCCUCCACAUGGACCCUGAGUUUGUCAACACACCUGGGAGCUCCGUGGCCGCCGCAGCCAAUCAGACACUGGAGCAGAACCUGGAGACCUUCCUGGAGGAGAAGGUCGUGACCUCAGACAGCGAGGCAGGGCUCACGCCAGUCAGAGCUGUUCCACUGACCCCCCACCACCUACACACAGAGACUCUGAUCCCCACUGGCUACCUGAUCCCCAUCUCCCAGCAGUCCCCCUUCAGCUACAAAGACAUCCACAACCCCGAGAGCAGCAAAGCCUCCACACCCACCUACAUCUACCACACACCCACUGCAGGCUCUAGACCUCCCCCGAUCCAGGAGUUGACCCCCACCAGCUUCUCCCUCCACAGGCCUCCCCCUGCCUCGCCCUUCUCUGCCCAGGGGCACCGCUUCCACAGCCCCAGCCCUGCCAUUCUCAACUUUACCCUGCAGAACCUGGGCCUCAUCCCUGGGCCUGGCUCUGUACCCGCUUGCAGCCCUGGCACUGCCCAAACCCCGGAGCACCCCAGCUCCGUGCCCCUGCCUCCCCACCUGGGCCAGCAUCAGAGGGGCGGCAUGGUCUUCGUUAAACCCAUGUCCCCCGUGCCAGUCCAACACCAGAUGACCGGCCCAGACGGGCAACCACUCACGCUAAUCAGCCUACAGCAGGUGACCACGCCCAAAGGGACGGCCCUCACCCAGCACAGUUUCUUCCACACCCCUGUCUCCCUCUCCCCGCUGGCUACCGUGGUAACCACCAGCCACGGGCACACGGCGCCGACGGGCGCUAAAACCGUUUACAUCCCUCAGAGGAAGCUGGAAGUCACCACUGAGGACACCUAAAGACUAUGCUGCUACACAACGUGUGUGUGUGUGUUUGUACCAGCCCUUCAAUGUGUGUGUCUGUGCAUGUCUGCAUGGUUUUCUAUGGUCUGACUGUCAUAUUGUUAAGGCGUACUGUAGGUUGAGUGAUUUUUAUGUUUUAGGGUAUGUGAUGUCUCCAAAUGAUUUAAUCCAAAACUAGUCCAUGGGUUAUUGCAGCGUUUCCCAAACUCUACCUCAGGACCCCAAGGGGAGCGUGUUUUGGGUUUUGCACUACACAGCUGAUUCCAAUGAUCAAAAGCUUGAUGAUUAUUUGAAUCGGCUGUGUCGUGCUAGGACAAAAACCAAAACGUGCUCCCUUUAGGGUGCCAUGGGACCGAGUUUCGGAAGCCCUGGUUUAUUCCAUUUCUACAGGGGGAAAGACAAAGUAUGUGAACUCCAUGCAGAAACAGCUGCGUGUCACCGUCAGCUCCAAAUAUAACUCUGAUGGAGAGACCAGCCAUGGUAAAUACUCUUAACACUGGGGCUUUGAGACACAAUAUGCCGGAUAUUACUGUGUAAUACUACAGCAUACUUUUGAUACUGGUUUAUGUAUGGAUUUAAGAUUAGGGAUCACAGGUGGGUAUUAAACUGGUGAGGGGUGUUUUCUGUGUCUAAAUAGUGAAACGGUCUGUCUUAUUUCGGUUUUGAGGGGUUGUUUGCCAAAAUCUAAUAUGCUGGCUGAGUAUUUCCACAUUUCUCCAAGAGAAGAUGUAUUGGAGUUACAUUUACAUCAUCAACGUGCCAUAGAGAAGAACAACAACAACUUAACCUCCGUUCACCGGGAUGACAUUAAUAUGUGACGGCGGGACUUUAAUGACUGAAAAGUAUUGUCGAUGAACUGUUUUUGUAUGUGUAAAAUUGGCAAGAUUACAAUUUUGCACGCUGUACAUGUUAAUGAACUGUUACCCUUAAAAAGCUGGAUUGUAUGUGAUUCAACUGUAAGGGGUGAAUGUAUGCGAUGGCUUCCUACCUUAGGCAAAUCACGUAAUUGAAAUUGAAUCUUAAUGUAUAAGGAAUGGACUUUAAGCAUUAAAUUCAGCUCAGAUGUCCUUGUAUAUAAAAUGGUAAAUAAACAUAUUUUUAAACCGG